ACAGUAAUGAAUAAUUUGUUAUUAAAAAUUAUAAUUUGAAUAUCAAUUUGUCGCAUACAUCUUGUACUUCGCACUGAUUCGUUUUGUAAUAUCGUACUAUUGCAUAAGUGACCACGUGUAUAGUGAAUAUAUCACUGUAUAUAGUACAUCGAUAACCCUGAAAUUUAAAUUAAGGCAUACAUUACACGUGCAAUAAGUGAAAAGGAAAGAGUACAAUACUUCAUCGAAGAAAGAUCUGAUAAAUAGAAUAAGUUGGUAAAUAGUGGUCAAAGCGUUUCUUGAAAAACUUUAUAAAAUUAUAAAGUGCGGCUAAUCAGACCUAAGGCACUAAUGGUAAAACUUUACAGAAUCUCAUUCUGGAGGUCGCAAGUACAUCUAAAUGAUAUCAAUGUAUAAUACGUAUGUGUGGAUAACGCUAUAGUUAAAUUGCUUCACAUUAAACAUGGCGCAAACGAUGAUACCUAGGAUCGCGCUAUUAUCUAUUAAAAAUAGUAAUCGAGUGUUACCACGAAUUGUUGUUCCCCUGAAAUAUCAACGAACAUGUUUCCAUACAAGUUGGGUCCUCGAUGUAAAAGGAAAGGAGCUAUUGAUGCCCUCCUUGUCACCUACUAUGGAAAGUGGUACUAUCAUUAAAUGGCUCAAAAAGGAAGGUGACAAAAUUGAAGCAGGAGAUGCUAUUGCUGACAUUCAAACAGAUAAAGCAGUUGUUACAAUGGAAGGUGACGAUGACAGUAUACUUGCAAAAAUACUUGUACAAGAAGGAACCAAAGAUAUUAAAAUAGGAACAUUGAUAGCUCUUACUGUAGACCCUGGCGAAGAUUGGAAAUCUGUAGAAAUGCCAGACAGUGCUCCAGCUGCAGCUCCAUCUAUGCCAGCUAGUGCACCAGCAAGUGUACCUCCUGCAAGUGCAGUAGCUGAACCACCUCCAGGCCAAAACAAUGUUGCCAUGCCAGCUUUAUCACCGACAAUGACUACAGGAACAAUAGUGAAAUGGCUGAAAAAGGAAGGAGACUCUAUAGAACCAGGAGAUGCAUUGGCAGAAAUUCAAACAGACAAAGCUGUUAUGACUUUUGAAUUUGAGGAUGAAGCUAUAUUCGCAAAAAUUCUUGCUCCUGAAGGCAGCCAAGUUGAAGUGGGACAAUUAAUUGCAAUCACGGUUGAAAAGGAAAUGGAUUGGAAAAAUGUUGUUGUUCCAAGUACUACAAAACCAUCUACAGCAGCAGCUGCACCUCCUCCAACUACAGCUGAUAAAAAGCCUGCAGCAAGUGGACAAGUAUAUGGUUUAGCAGUAAAACGAUUGUUGGAGGAGUAUGGACUGAAUGCAGACGCUAUAAAAGGAACUGGACGACCUAAUAGAUUACUAAAGAGCGAUGUUUUAGCGUAUAUCCAAGCAAACAAUGUGAAAAAAGUUUCUCCUAAAGUUGAACCACCACCACAAGUUGGAACAGGUAAAAAGGAACCCGUUUCUGCUCCCUCGAAAAAACAUGUACCUACUGGUCAACCUUCCACCUAUGAAGAUAUUCCAGUUUCUACUAUACGAGGAGUAAUUGCAAAGAGACUUGGGGAAGCAAAGAGUACCAUUCCUCACGCUUAUGCGUAUAUCGAUAUUAAAAUGAACAAACUAAACGAAAUUCGUAGCGAACUUAAAGCCGAUGACAUUAAUGUAUCGGUAAAUGACUUCAUAACGAAAGCUGCCGCACUGGCAUUAGUGGAAUGUCCAUCUAUUAAUACACUGUAUAAAAAUGAUAAGAUUAUUCAAAUGCCAAGAGUCGAUAUAUCUAUUGCAGUUGCUACAGACACAGGUCUUAUUACACCAAUUGUUUUUGAUACUGCAGCAAAAAAUUUAGUUGAUAUUUCGAAAAAUAUUAGGGAAUUAGCUGAAAAGGCAAGAAAUGGUAAAUUGAAGCCAGAAGAAUUUCAAGGAGGAACAUUUACAAUAUCUAAUUUAGGAAUGUUUGGAAUUAAACAAUUCAGUGCCAUUAUAAAUCCUCCUCAAACAGCAAUACUUGCAGUUGGCGGUGGUCGGGAAGAAUUAGAUGCUGCGUUGCAAACAGUAACAAAAAUGUCGGCUACAUUGUCAUAUGAUAGACGAGCAAUCGAAGAAGAUCAAGCGGCUGACUUUUUAGCUGUUUUAAGAGCUAUGUUGGAAGAUCCAACUUUCCUUAUUGCUGGAAGAUUACGGGCAUUAAGGUAUUCGGAAAACUGACCUUUGCUUAAAUCUUAAUUCUGAAAUGUUUAUUGCAGAAAACGGCUUAAUUUUUAAUAGUACAUACAAUCUAGGUUGAACAAAAAGCCGUUUAUUAAAUAAGCAUAUCAGCCAAAAUUAAUGAUGUCAUUCGUAGCCUCUUAUUUUCCGUGACUUUUGUAACAUUAUGCUUCAAAUGUUACGUGUACAAAAUUCAUAGUACCCAUCCUAGCAAAUUUAUCCGAGAUACUUUCUAACCUUGUAUUAAUAGGCACUUUAAUCAAAGAACAAAUAUGCGUACAUAAAUACUGCCAUAAACCAAAUUCAAGAUAAAAUAUGAUCAAAUAGAAAUAUUUAUUUUUAAUAUUUCUACAAAACGUAUUAAUGGAAGUGUAAAAAGACAUUAAUCAAUACAAAAUCUUAAAUUGCAUAUUGCAAAUAUUUUAUUUAUGUUAUACAAUCCAUUUUACAUUUCCAUAGAAUACCAAUUAAUUAAUACAAUUUGUUAGUAUUAUGCAUAUACCGAGAAUACUCUUGUUCCAAGAUAUAUGCAUAGGACAUAUAGAAAUUAUUCAAUAACAUAAAUUUAUGGCAUAAAUUAAUUUGUUUAAAACCUAAUUAAUAAUGUAAAUUAUUAAAGAUAUAAUUAAUUGAAUUGAAAAAAUAAUGUAUGUUAUAUGCAUAUAAUUCAUUUCCUUGUAAAGAAGAAUAAUUCAUGCAGGAUUAUAUGUUCUAUUUAUAUAUUUAUUUUAACAAAAUGAUUGCCACACUGCAGUAUUUCUGUUUUGCAGAAAUAUACGUUAUAUUAGCAAAUAAUAUAAAUAUAAUUUCAACGUUUUGUAAUAGUAGUAGCGUAAAAAUGUAAUUAUCUUUUAGCAUAAUACGCAAAAUUUGUACAAAUAUAGUGUAAAUAUUUAUUAUUAAUAUUUAUUUAUUAAUAAUGUGAUACGCGAUAAGCAACUUCAGUGUGGCAAACAAAUUUAUAGGGGUGAUAAAAUGUACAAGAUCGUACGUAUAUCUUGUAAAUAAAAUAUUUAUUAUUAAAAA